AUGACCGAUCUAGACUACAGACCACAUCCUAAAAUGCCACUUAGUCCUUUUACGAAAUGGCUGAGGACAUAUUAUAUACGAUGCAAAGAACAAGACGAGAAGAUAGUUGAGACUGAAGCCAAUCUAUGGAUAUCCGCCCAGGACAAACAGCAUAAAAUAGUCAUGAAGUUUUUUUUUGUGAUGUUGUUGGUAGUGUGUGUGGACUUGUUUUUGGGGUCUCCCAUUAAUGAAAAGAACUCGAACUACUGGAAUAAAAAACAGACUUUUUGUGGCUCAAAAUUGCCAAUUGAGAUGGCAAUAAUAUGCAGGGGGCGGUAUAAUCUAGAUCCACGUAGUCAACAUCCCAAGAAAAAAAGAGGGAUUGUGGAUGAAUGUUGUUCAAAUUCAUGCACUCGGAAGUAUUUAAAAGAAAUGUACUGCGCUCCUGAAUUGCCGACAUCUGCACAACCGAAAUCAGAAAUUAUAGAGACCACUACGGAAACUAUUAAAACAGAAUUCCCCGUUGAUUACCGUUCAUACUAUUAUGCAUUAAUUGGGCGCGUAAAAGCUGAUCCACAAGAUUAUCCAAGACACGGUUAA